CCAUGUCAGUGCUGGCUUCGUACAAGAGCGGCUCUCUGGGAAGCUUAAACUCAUAUGUAGCGAGGAGACACUCAAGGUUUGCUGAGGUUGUUAAAUUUCGAUUUGUCAUGUCAGGAAGGCGGAGUACCUUUGCUGGAGGAGAAACCCAGCCGAACAAUCGUUUCAGAUCGGCAACAGAUGCCUCUCACAUCAAAGCCCCAAAGAGACAAUGUAGUUGCCUGGAGGUUGUUCGGGAAACUAUCCCUGCUCUGGUGAAUUCCUCUCACAAAGGACACUUGGGUAGAAUAGGGAUAAUAGGCGGAUGUCAGGAGUAUACAGGUGCACCUUACUUUGCAGCAAUAUCAGCUUUGAAAGCUGGUGCAGAUUUGUCCCAUGUGUUCUGUACAAGUGAUGCUUCUGUGGUUAUUAAGUCAUACAGCCCUGAACUUAUUGUCCAUCCUGUUUUGGACAGAAAAACAGCUGUAAAAGAAGUGAAAGAUUGGCUUCCAAGACUUCACUGCAUUGUAGUUGGCCCAGGAAUGGGUAGAAAUCCAACCAUCAUUGAAAAUGUCAAGGGAGUUCUUGAGCUUGCAAAGGAGCAGCAAAAACUUCUAGUGAUAGAUGCAGAUGGGCUUUACAUGGUUACAUCCUAUCCAGACAUAAUCAAGAAUUAUACCAAAGCAAUACUCACACCAAAUGCUAUGGAAUUCACAAGACUAUACAGCACAUUGUUUGGCCGUGAACCUGACCCAUCUAUAGACUGUUCCAAUCAUGUGACACAGUUAUGCCGCGAGUUAGGCGGAGUUACCAUAUGCCGCAAAGGGCAAGAAGAUAUCAUUGCAGAUGGGAAAGAUGUUGUAAACUGCAGAACAGAAGGUAGCAACAGACGUUGUGGAGGUCAGGGUGACCUCCUAUCUGGCUCCAUGGGUGUGUUCUUCCAUUGGACAGAUAUGGCAUUCAAAAAAAUGAGCAAAGAGGAAAGAGCAUGUUCGUAUGGUCGAUCUCUGGUAGCAGCAUAUGGGGCCUGUGCACUAACAAGGACCUGCAACAGACUGGCAUUUGCUAAGUACCGGCGGAAUAUGACGACAACCGAUAUGAUACCAGAAAUUCACGAUGCCUUUGAACUGUUAUUUCCCGAGAAAAAGUCAGACGAACCAGUUAUAAGACAGGAACACACCGUAUAGAGUUCUCAAGUUCGAUAAAGAUGGUAUUUUGGCCGAAUUACUUCCUAAUUAAGGACUAGCAAGCAAACAAAGUCUGCAAGGUGCUCAAUUGAACUUUGUUCUUUGGAAGCGGUUUUCUAAUUCUUAAUAGAGCGCCUUCGGUGGAGUGUCCUAAAACCAAUCGGUGGAGUCUUAACAACCAAUCAGAGCGAAGAAAAUAUCACAAGGAACCAAUGAGAACAAAAAGCAAAGACAAGCAAACUUCAUGAAUUAAAAGCGCGGUAAAACUGGGAUGACCAAGUCGCGAUUGGAUGUAGUUUUUUGAUUGGUUGAGAGAGUGGCGCGUGUUUUCUGGACCAAUCACAGAUAGAAAGUAAACCAAAACUAAUGUAAUUUCGGUGUACAUUCGACGAUGAAUUGAAAAUUGCUACAGCGCGGUUUUCUAAGAAGUUAAGUUGCAAAUGAGUAUUUGGUCAUUGACCGCAUUUCCUAUAUACGACUGAGUCUUACUGUGGAGUAAAUCCAUCUCAAGCUGGCUUUAGCCCUUUCAUUCCCAUGAGUGACCAAGAAAUAAUUUCUGCUUAAAUUAUUAAUCCAAAAUCAAGCAAACAGAUGAUAAGAGUUUAGAAAAAUAUCAAGAAAGGAAUCAUCAUUUGAUUCAACACCGAAUUCCUAGAAGUAUCAUAAUGAGUAAAGUGCUGCAAUCAAUUAGGAGAAUUACUACUGGCAUCGUGGUAGCCUGAGUGGACGGUUGAAACUCAAGGUUUGUGAGGAACUAUGAUGUAUGAACUGCGUGUGGUGCUUGAGUGACUUGGUAGAAAACUAGUUACUGUAGACGCCGCGUGGGAUGUCCACGUCAGUAAAAUUCGUGACAUAGAAUUGGAUAAUAUUGGUUAGAUCGAAGUAAGUACACUGCUGCAAUAGAAUUUAUGUUGUUGGUUAUAGAUAUGUUUUGGGCCCGACUCAGAGUCAUUUUUAUCACUCGCAUUUCGCUAUACUUACAAUUAAAGAUUUCAGGGUUAUUCAGGGUAGUAAAGUCAUUAAUUGCUAGAGAAAGAUCCCCUUUAUUGUGUCAGUUUGUAAUUAAUUGUUACACUUUAUAAUACCUGUCUUCUGUAUGGAAUUGUCGCUCUUUGUAAUACCUGUCGCACGUUGCAAUAAAAGAGCUAUCGCACUUUGUAAUAAUAACAGACCGUUGUGCAUUUUAAUAAAGUAAGCUGUCGCACUUUGUGACAAAACUUGUCGCACAGUGUAAUGAAUUUUGUGUAGAUAGUCGAGGGACAAGUUAGCAGUUAUUGCAAAAUGCGACAAUUUUAUUGCAGAGUGUGACAGUUGUUAAAAAGUG